GAUGCCGAAACCGACGCUGCUGCUGCGCGGGGGCUGGGAGCGCGAGCGCAGCCCCGGGGACUCGGAGCUGGGCCGCCAGUUCCGGGACUGGUGCCUGCGCACCUACGGCGACUCGGCCAAAACCAAGACGGUGACACGCAGCAAAUACCAGCGGAUCGCCGAGGUCCUGCAGGGCGGCGGCGGGACCGGCGCGGGCAGCGGCCCGGCAGCCGGCGAGAAAGGCAAGUUCCAGUUCUGGGUGCGCUCCAAGGGCUUCCGCCUGGGCAGCGGCCGGGAACCCAAGAUGGGCCAAGUGGUGUAUGUGCCGGUCAAGACGGGCUCGGGGGCAGAUGGCCUGUCGGAGCCGGAGGGCAUCUCUCUGAAGCGGGUCGCUGUGGUGGAAGAUUUCUUUGACAUCAUCUACUCGAUGCAUGUGGAGAGCUCAGCGGAGCCAGGCAAAGCCCCCAAGCACGCUGGGCAGAAGAAAACCUACCGAGCGAUCGCCGAGACCUAUGCCUUCCUUCCGCGAGAGGCUGUGACCCGGUUCCUGAUGAGCUGCACAGAGUGUCAGAAGAGGAUGCACUUUAAUUCCAACGGCCUGGAGCCCAAAGAAAACGAGCCUCCCUCUCCUCUGGUCUCCGGGAUUAUCGAUUACAACAUGCCCCUCACCUCUACGUACCUGAAGCAGAUGAAGUUGCGCGUGAUGAAUUCCCAGGAGCAGGAUGAAACUUCUGUGAGCAGUGAAGAUUUUGAUAUGAACGACUCCACAUGGAUGUCAGCUGACCCACACCUGGCCUCCAGCCUGAGUCCCAGCCAGGAGGAGAGGAUGCGGAGCCCGCAGAACCUCCACAGCCAAGAGGACGACGACUCCUCUUCCGAGAGCGGCAGCGGCAAUGGCUCCUCCACCCUGAACCCGUCCACCUCGAGCAGCACACAGGGAGACCCCGCCUUCCCCGAGAUGAAUGGCAACGGCACCGUGGCCCCCGUGGACUUCACCGCCACCGCCGAGGAUCAGCCCAUCAACCUUUGCGACAAGCUCCCGCAGGGCUCAGCGCUCGGCACGCCCUCCUACCCCUCCGACGCCGAUGGACUGCGGAGCCGCGUCAAGUACGGGGUGAAGACCACCCCCGAGUCCCCCCCCUACAGCUCGGGGAGCUACGACUCCAUCAAAACCGAGGUCAGUGGCUGCCCUGAGGACCUGACGGUGGGCCGGGCCCCCACAGCAGAUGACGACGACGAUGACCACGACGACCAUGAGGACAAUGACAAGAUGAAUGACUCCGAGGGCAUGGACCCUGAGCGCCUCAAGGCCUUCAACAUGUUCGUGCGUCUCUUUGUGGACGAGAACCUGGACCGCAUGGUGCCCAUCUCCAAGCAGCCCAAGGAGAAGAUCCAGGCCAUCAUCGAGUCCUGCAGCCGGCAGUUCCCUGAGUUCCAGGAGCGGGCCCGCAAGCGCAUCCGCACGUACCUCAAGUCCUGCCGGCGCAUGAAGAAGAACGGCAUGGAGAUGACCAGACCCACACCUCCCCACCUGACCUCGGCCAUGGCAGAAAACAUCCUGGCAGCUGCCUGUGAGAGCGAGACGAGAAAAGCAGCCAAAAGGAUGCGCCUGGAGAUCUACCAGUCCUCUCAGGACGAGCCCAUAGCCCUGGACAAGCAGCACUCCCGGGACUCCGCAGCCGUCACCCACUCCACCUACUCACUGCCAGCCUCCUCCUACUCCCAGGACCCUGUGUACGUCAACGGUGGCCUGAACUACAGUUACCGUGGUUACGGGGCCUUGGGCAGCAACCUGCAGCCCCCUGCCUCCCUCCAAACAGGAAAUCACAGUAAUGGGCCCACGGACCUCAGCAUGAAAGGCGGGGCCUCCACCACCUCCACCACGCCCACGCCCACGCCCUCCAGCAACAGCACCAGCAGGACCAUGCCCACUGCCCAGCUCAGCCCCACCGAGAUCAGUGCCGUGCGGCAGCUCAUCGCCGGCUACCGGGAGUCCGCCGCCUUCCUGCUGCGCUCAGCAGAUGAACUGGAAAACCUCAUUUUACAGCAGAACUGACCCAGCAGCACGUGGAGUGCACUACCCUAGGGAAGGAGGCUCUCCCAGCCCCGGACCGGCUUCCCGCCUCACCAGUUGGUACCUUUUGUUUUUUGAAAGAGGUGGAUGCAAAAGAGCUGUUUCUAGCCACACUCCAAGCGCCUGAGACUCUGGGCACAAGGACACUUUUUUUUGGAAUCUCACCACACGGGUGCUCUGACCUGCUUGGAAGAGGCCAACGGGGCAGCUUUGGAAGGGCUGGGGCUCCCCCUGACAAGGCGCUGGGGCCGCAGCUCUAUUUAGAAUCAUCUUCGUGGACCCUGAUGUUAGAAUCCCACCCCCAGAUAAUUACCUUUCAAGUCUUAGGUGAGCAGAAUUGCAUAUUUAUUGAGAAAAACAAAGUGGACCCUUUCUUCCUCUCCCCUUAGUAAUUUAUUUUUCUGAAAAUGGAUUCUUUUGUGUUUGUACA